UAACUAUUUUGAUAGUAUUUAAAAAUAUAUAUAUAUAUUUACAUUUGAGAACUCUUUAUUUUAUAUAUAGAAAUAAACUUUGUUAUAUAUAUAUAUAAACUUUUUGUUAAAUAUCUAGGUACCUAACGUUAAAUUCAGUGUGCUAGCUGCUAAUUCUGGUUGAUAAGUCACAGCCACAUAUUAUCCUUUACGACCGAGCGUCGAGGCACAGACAAUAUAUUUGGUUGAGGCUAGCUAACUACACUUAGCUACCAACUAAAAGUAACAAUAUGAUGGAGGAAUUAGACGAGUCAUUGAGUAGUUAAUUAGCUGUAUGAAGAAAAAAUAACCUUACACCGACAUUUCCAGACUCCAGAAAAAGUGAUUAACGAACGUGACUGUAACGUUACUAGUCUGUCUAGCGGUCAGCUAGACAUUCCAGCGCCGCCGAUCAACCGGUCCCAGACAUGAGCUCUCUAAGCUACUUCACCCCGGCCCGAGAAGAAGAGCUGCUGUGGUCGGGAAACGCAGGCGCAGCCACCGGACCUCAACCCAGCACCCUCGGAGGAGAGGAGGCACGGCGCUUCUAUCAAAGCCUCAUAGAAGAAGGGGAUGGAAAGGAGAGACGAGGAAUGGAGCAGAGGGGGAGAGAGAACCGCAGGGGGAGAGAAGCAGGGCAGCACGUCCAGGCUAGCAGGCAGCAGGCUAACACCACCAGCACUACCACGGAGCUGGAGGGGCUAAGACUGCUGCGUUGUGCCCAGGAAGGAGACCUGUCUGGGGUGAGAGGCCUGCUGUCCCGGGGGGUGGAUGUCAACUUCCAGGACAGCUGGUGGUGGACAGGUGUGAUGUGUGCAGCGGCAGCAGGGCAGCGGGGUGUCGUUAGGCUCCUCCUCCAGCAGGGGGCGGCGUGGGUGGGCGUGGUCGACACGCAGGGCCGGGACGCCAGGGAGCUGGCUAGGAUGGCGGGGCAUAGCGGGGUCCUAGAGGAACUGGACCACUACGGGUCUCCGCAGGACUGUGACCGGCCUGGGAGACAGAGGGGUCAACACAACCAUUACAGGAGAGAGAGGCAGGACCACAGUUCUCCCCCAGCGGUAGCAGCAGUCCAGACCCAUCAGAACCAGUCCACCCAGAAUCAGACCCAGUGGUGUCCAGUCUGCAGUGUCCACUACUCCUCUCCUCCGGAGAUACACCUCUCCUCCACCCUCCACCUAUUCUCUCUCUCCCGCCCUGCCCCCCCUCCCCACUACUGCCUCCCCCCCUCCACCCCCGCCUACCAGAUGAUGCUGCGCUCCGGGUGGACCCCUGGAGGUGGGCUGGGGCCCGAAGGGGAGGGUCACAAACAGCCGGUCCGGACCGUCCUGAAGAGGGACAGUAGAGGCCUGGGGUACGGACCCACACCCCGACCCAAGGUCACACACUUCCAACCCAAAGACCCACAGGCAGUCAGACGGACGGGGAAGGAGGGUCGGGGGAGAGGGGGAGGAGGGGGAUGAAGGAGGAGAGCAGGAGGGAGGAGAAGGACAGGAACUGGGAGAGGGACUUCCGCUCUUCCUUUAACACCUUUGACCCCUGACCUCUAAAUUCUGACCCAGGGACACCUGUUGUAGUCAGUUUCUCUCUAGUGUACACUCUCUCUCUCUCUAGUGUACACUCUAUGUGCUCGCUCUCUCCAGUGUACACUCUAUGUG